AUGGGGCACCACGCCAUGUCUGUCCCUGACCGCGGUGACUACUCGAAAGGGAGAGACCCGACCAGUACCUUGGGAACAGACGGUUUCCUCCCCUCUCGCUCUUUCGCCGUUGCCAACGCCGGCGUCCUUCCUCGUCACGGCAAGGAAGGCGGAAGGCCCGGCCCCGGCAAGGGUCCUGGUAAGGGUCAGAUCACCCAGAGCCCCGAGCCUACUCUUCCCGCUGAGCCCGAGCCCGUUCAAUCCACCGUCUACGUUGACACCACCGUCGAUGUUGCCCCCGUCGAGGAGACCCCCACUAUCGAGGUCCCCGUUGACAACGGCGAGACCGCUCCCACCGAGGAGGCCCCUGUUGAGGAGGAAGCCCCUACCGAGGAGGCUCCCGUUGAGGAGGAGGCCCCUACUGAGGAGGCUCCUGUCGUUGAGGAGACUCCUACCGAGGAGGCCCCUGUAGCUGAGGAGACCCCCGUCGAGGAGGCUCCCACUGGAGAGACCACCGGCACCGAGGAGUCCAGCACCGAGACUGCCGAUGGCUCCGUCCCCGAGGUCACCCCCACCGGCACUGAUGCCGAGGCUAGCGAGACCGCUACUACCGUCGAGGGCGAGGCUGUGACUCCCUCUGGCACUGAUGUCGAGGAGGCCACCGCUACCGGCACCGAGGCUGAGGAGGCCACUGAGUCCGUUACUGGCACCGAGGAGGAGGCUACCGCCACUGGCACCGAGGAGGCCACUGCCUCUGUUACCGGCACUGAGGAGGCCACUGGCACCGAGGUUGAGGACGAGGCUACCGCUACCGUCACUGGUACCGACGCCGAGGAGGAGGCUUCUAGCACUGAGACCGCCGAUGGCGCUUCUCUCACCACCCUCACCGUCAUCACCACCGAGGUCCAGACCAUCACCUCUUGCGCCCCUACCGUCACCAACUGCCCCACCAGGCCCUCUGACAUUGCCAGCCUCUCUCCCGAUGAGGUCGAGGUUGUUGUCGUUACCCGCACCAUUGCCCUCACCGAGGUUGUCUGCCCCGUCUCCGAGGUCCCUGCCAUCUCCCGCUCUAUCAUCUCCCAGGCCAUCACUGGUGGAAUCACUGGUGUCACCUUGACCGCUGAGCCCACCACCACCGUCCAGGCUACUUCCACCACCACCGACUACGUCACCGUCGCCAGGCCCACCAAGCCCGCUACUCCCUCCGGCGGUUCCGGUUCCGGUUCCGGCAACGGCAGCACCGUUCCCGGCGUCGAGCAGAGCUCCCCGAGGCGACGGCUCCACCCCGGAAACUCUGACAACGGCUCUUGCGUCUGCCCCGAGGCCGUCACCGUUACCGUCCCUGCCUCCACCGUCUACGUCACCGUUGGUAGCAACGGUUCCCCUACCGCUGGUGGCUCCUCUCCCGUCCACACCGGUGGCAACAGCUCUCCCAUUGGUGGAUCUGAUGACUCCGAGGAGGGCGAUGAUGACUCUGAGGAGGUCUGCGACGGCUCCUGCCCCGAUGAGGAUGAUGAGGACGUCGAUGAGGAGAUUGACGAGUGUGAGGAUCUCGAGGUGACCACCACCAUCCGCCAGACCGUCACUGCUCCCGCCACCACCGCCGAGGAGACUGAGGCCGCUGAGGCUACUGAGGAGGCUACCGCUGAGGAGACUGCUGAGGCUACCGCCACUGCCGACGAGACUGCUCAGGCCACCGCCACUGCCGAGGAGACCGCCGAGGCUACUGCUUCUGCUGAGGAGACCGCCGAGGCCACCGCUUCCGCUACCGCCACCGCCGAGGAGUCUGCCGAGGCCACUGCUCCCGCUGAGGAGGCCGCCGAGGAGACUGCCGCUGCCACCCCCACUGAGGAUGCCGAGGCUCCCGCUGAGACCACUGAGGUCCCCGCUGACGAGACCGUUCCUGAGACCGAGACCCCCGUCGAGGAGACCGCCACCGAGACCGAGGCCCCUGCUGACGAGACCGUCACUGAGGAGGUCGACGCCAACGAGGUUCCUGCUGCCGAGGAGACCACCUCUGAGGAGGAGAAGCCCGCCCAGAACUCGGAGGAUGUUCCCCAGGAGCCCGAGGUCGUCUAUGUCGACGAGGAGGUUGAGGUCAUCCCUGUCGCCAAGGAGGACUAA